AUGGCUUCCACUUCAACAUCUGGUCGAGGACAACAGGAACGCGAUCCAUUUUGGGUGCUUGAACCUCCCAAAAAAAAGAUAAAAUCCUCCUUGACUGCAAAACAGUUUGAUGUAAUCAUCAACCAUCGAGGCCCGGACACCAAAACGAAGGUGGCUCAGCAGCUUUACGAUGCUCUACAGGAAGCUGGGAUCCGGGCAUAUCUAGAUGCUCCAGAGACUGAACUCGGAGAUUAUUUUCCUUCUGCCAUUAAGAAUGCCAUAUCCUCUGCCGCAGUGCACAUAGCCAUCUUAUCACCGCAAUAUGCAGAGUCUCCUUGGUGCUUAGCUGAGCUUGCUUUGAUGUUCCAAACCAAGGCUAGAAUUAUUCCCCUCUUCUACCAUGUUCAGCCAUCAGACUUCCGCUACAUAAAAAAUGGAGUUGCUGAAGCAUUUUCUAAACACGAAGAGAAGGGCAGAUUUCCUAGUCAUGACUUUCAACAGUGGAAAGAAUGCCCGCAGAAUGUUUCAUGGCUCAAAGGCUAUGAACUCAACACAGAAAAUGAGUAA